UAAACAUAACCACAAAAUUCGUAGGUGUAAUAAUAGCAGCUGUCAAAGUUUUAAUUAACUUAUUAAAAAAAUUUAGUAAAGCAUGGACAAAGUCAAAAGGGAUGCCAAAAAUCUCACCAACAAGGCUCUUGAAAAAGCAGAGAAUAGUGGUGAUGAUGUUAAAUCAUUUAUAGACAGAAUUUUGGGAGACAUCAGCAAAACAUCAGCUACAAAACAGCUUGUUCUAGGGACUUCAUCUGGAUGGGUUACAGGAUAUCUGGCUAUGAAAAUAGGCAAGACAGCAGCAUUAGCACUUGGUGGAAGUAUAAUUUUAUUGGAAAUUGCUAAUGAGAAGGGAUAUAUUAGAAUAAAUUGGAAUAAAGUUAAUCGAGAAUUGGACAAAGUUGCUGACAAAAUUGAUGAACAAGUUACUGGCCAACCACCAAAUUGGAUGAAUAAGAUGGAACGCUAUGUAGACAGAAAAAUAGACAAAGCUGAAGAUAUUUUAAAGAAGAAACAAAAAACGGCGAAAAGAUGGUAUACCUCAAUUAUUGGUGAAGAGGAGUGGAAACUCAAAGAAAUUCAUAUUUUUUGCGUGUCCUUCAUAGCUGGAUUGGCGCUUGGAGUAGGAACUUCUUAAAGGAACAUUUUAAAAUAAAUAGUUGUUACUUAAUAUUAGUCAAUAAGAACGUGUAACGUUAUUUUAAUUAUGUAGUUUUUUUAUUAAGUAAUUUGUUAACAAUUCGAAUAAUAAUAUCCAUAUUUAUCAUGA